AAUUGUGCAUCCUCUGCUUUUACCGUAUGACUUCUACCUUAAGAAAGCUGGAAAAAAGGCACUCCAUGUGAUUGAUUAAGUUUGCUGCAUAGUUUUUGUGCUCUGGCUUUGUCAUCUUACUAUAAGUAUUCCUUCCAAAAAAUAUUAUACAUGUGGAAAUGCCAAUCACACUGGAGAGCUCUAUCAUGAUUGUUCAGGCAGCCCCACCUGAAUUGUUUGUACCUUAAAUCUCUUACCAAUUAAAGUAGUGAUCUAAACACUCUUAUAUUUCUUUACGGAGGGAGUACCAAUAUACUGUUCUGUUUUCAAUGGCAGUGAGACACUUUCACCUUGUCCAUCUUCCCAGCCUAAAGAAACUCAUCCAAGUUAACUUUGUUACCUUAAUUCUGUCCACCUUAAUAAAUCUUCUUCAGCUUCCUUUAUAACAUAUGGAAUAUAACAGGAUAUCCAAGAAGCUGCUUUUGACAUAGAUUGCUUCCAUUCGACUGCUGUAUGUGCUUUUUAUCUGAUAAUAACUCAGUUCAAACUUGCCACAUGACAAAUCACUUCCUAAACAACAAUGUCCUGGGGGGUCUCCUCUGAGAUUAUAAUGAAUGUUGUAUCCUCAAUUUAUUAUAGUAUUCAAUCCAAAAUACUUCUCAUGAGUCAUGAGUCAUGAAUAUGACCCUUCGAUGAUUACACUGUAUCACUAUCCAUAAGACACUUCAAUUCCUCCGAGUUUAAUGUUGCAAUCCAUAGCUCAUACUAUAUCAUUUAUCUUGUUUUCAAUGGCAGUGAGACACUUUUGCCCUGUCCAUCUUCCCAGCUUAAAGAAACUCAUCCUAGUUAGUUCUACUCUUUAGCUUCAUUUAUCGCAUUAAUUUUUUUUUCUGCGCCAGCAAAUAAGCAUAUAUGGAUAUUAAAGGAGAUCCAAGUGGCUGCUAUUGAGUAUUGACAUUGAAAUUCUCUAUGUGCUUUUAUCUGAUAACACAGUUGAAACUGGACACAUGGCAAAUCCAACACUGCCCUGAGUUGUCUCAUGUGACUGCAAUGAAUUGUUUGCACUCUCCUGAAUGUUAUGUUAUUCAAUCCAAAGAUACUUCCUCAUGAAUACCACCCUUUGAUGAUUAUGCUGUAUCACUAUCUGUGAGAUACUUCAGUUCCUCUGAGUCUCAUACUUCAUCAUUUAUCUUGUUAUCAAGGUGUCAGUACAGCACUUUAGCUUUAUCUUGACACAUGAUAUUUUUAUGUCAUUGCAAGGACUAUGGAGUACAGGCACAGCUGUCUAACUGGAACUAUUGUAAGCCACAGAGAAAGAAAAAAAUAUCUGAAUGGAUGAAGCUAAAUCAAAAUUGUCCUCUUUACAAAGUUUUGAUGGACAGUGUGUCGUCCCUAUCAAUGUAAUCAUUGUGUGUGUGUGCAUGUUUCGGACCAUAAAGUUUCCUGAUUGGUUGGUUGCAUAGAUUUGGUAGGUCUGACUGCAGAAAGUGACCAUGUAUAUUGUUUAAAAUUUCAUUUACAUAUUUCGGUUCUGUCAGACAAGGUAGAUAAUGCAAGGUCCCUUUUUAUCCCCUUACUUAUGUCAGUAUAUUGGUGAUAUUACCUUUAGUAAAAGCUAAAUCCAUAGUUACUGUAGUGAGAAUAUAUUAUGCAAGUGAUUGUUAUCAUCUACUGUAUACAUUUUAUCCUAUAUGUUUCUGCCGUGACUCAGUUUCUUCCAGAAUAAAUAAUCUGUCACACUAUAACCAUUUUUCUAGCUAGAAGAAUUUGAAUUAACAUUGUUCAUCUUUCAGGCUAUUAGUGAUUAUCUCUGAGAAUACGGAAGUGAUCUCCAUGCAUGUGCCGGUGCUACAGUCCACGCCAACUUGCCAAGCAAGGAACUCUGUGCCGGAUCUGGGGGAUUUGUGUCAGCUAUGUGACCAAUGGCAUGUGCAGCCAUAUGCAGCCUGAUCUCUGCAAUCUUCAUCUCGCUUGAGAUGCGUGGACAGAACAAAAGAAUUGCUCAAGUUCAGAUGCAGGUAUUGCGGCUGAUGUCCUGUGCUGUGCCUGAUGACUGGAAAGAGGUUCCAACUUUGUGGUGUACAGGCCAGAAUAGAGAGCCAUCUGAUUCAUUAUCUCUAGUUAAAGGUGAACAUGGAUGCAGCGGAACCGAGGCUUCAGGAGCUAACUAAAUAUGGGAAUUACAGAAUAUCGUGACGUUUGAACACUGACAUCGACGCAAUAACUCCCAAAUCCGUGAAUGAUUACCAGAAGGAAAACAGAGGACAAUGAUGAGGUCGAGGCAAAUCAUGGUGGUGGUUGCUCAGAUAAGCGGAGCAGAGCGGGCGCUGAUUGCUCAUCAUUAGCAGGGGAUGAGAGAAUCUUCCAUCAGUUGGAUCGCACUUUGAGAGGGCAGCAUGGUGCUGAGCUUACCUUCUCCCGUGCAAACACAUGUCGAACCAGUGAAGUGGAAGAAAAGUAAGUGCUUCUGGUUUCACUGCAGAAGGGAGUAGAGUCCUUCAGAGUGUGCACUACAUUUGCUUACUAUGGUAGUUACAGGUACUCUGAUGAAGAAAGCAAAGAACUCCAAAAACUAGUGGUGCCGGCCCGUUGUUUCGCUUUGCAUUAGUUUAGUGUCAUCCUAAGAGCAGAGCAUAUAAAACUGAGCUCCCAGGCUUAAACAAAGCCUCGUAUCAAGCCAUUGAUUAGUACAUCAGAGCUAACCCGUUGAACACGCUAACCCGCGACUCAACACUCGUCCAAUCCAACCCCCUAUAUAUUGUCAGUCCCUUUACAAGUCUUUGCACCAGGCUAAGGAGGCAGCAGCAGCAGCAGCCUGAGACAAGAGACCCACCCACACCCACACCCACACACGCACACACACUGGCAAUGGGGGAGCAAGGCAGGGCGAGCAACAAGAUCAGGGACAUCGUGAGGCUGCAGCAGCUCCUCAGGAAGUGGAAGCGGCUCGCGCUCGCGCCCAAGGCCGGCAGCAGGCACGGCGGUGGCGCCGGCGUCCCGCGGGGCUUCUUUGCGGUGUGCGUCGGGGAGGAGAUGAGGAGGUUCGUCAUCCCCACGGAGUACCUCGGGCACUGGGCGUUCGAGGAGCUGCUCAGGGAGGCCGAGGAGGAGUUCGGGUUCCGGCAUGAGGGCGCCCUGAGGAUCCCCUGCGAUGUCGAGGUGUUUGAGGGCAUCCUGAGGCUUGUGGGCGGGAAGAAGGAGGCAGUGUCCUACUCCUCUUCGGAGCAUGGGAUCUUGUGCACAUGAUGGUGGCCACUUGCUUUUCGUCGUCCAUUUGUUCCCAUUCUUGGUUCUUGGUUCUUCUGAGGGGAAGAGGAGAAAGCGUUCGUCACUGAUGAGCUUAACUUGUCCAUUAUUUGUUCCAUUCAUGGUUCUUGAUUCUUUGAAGGAGAAGAGGAGGAAGAGUUCAUCGUCUACGAGCUUCGAUGAGCUUCGGCGGUUUGUAUAAGAGGGCGUAAUGAAGGAGCCGCAUUCUUUUUGAGUAAAAAUUGAAGGAUUCGAAAUAAGUAUCUUAUCUUAGGUAAAAACUCCUUCAUAAAUAAUAAUUCACUUAUUCUUUGUUCUUCAGUUCCGUAUGUAAGGGAUAGUUUGACCUCUGUAAUCUGUCCACACUCCGGUUGCUUUCUUGCUCAACACUUGCAAUAAUGAGAUGUCUUUUGUUGUUGUUGCGAAUA